UCUAAAUUAGAGCGUUGCACAAAGCACUUAAGACUCUGACUAUCUUAAGUAGUACUACACUGCAAUGCAUUCUGGGUAAAAUAAGACACUUUUCAAAACAAAAAACAUGGCGGAUCGAGUAAGUGCAUUCAACCGCUCAGUGCAGUUUACACCAGCGGAAAAUAUGUGUUUGUUGGAGGAGUAUAAUAUUUACAAGGACAUUUUAUUUGGAAAAUUUAACGGAGAAUGUAGCAAUAAAAAAAAGUGUUUAAUUUGGAAAAAGAUUGCGACGACAGUAAACAGCGUUAAUCCGACCGUUGAGCGGAGCGUUAAAGACGUACAGAAAAGGUACAAAAACAUGGUACAAGAUGCCAAAAAAGAAAUAUUCAGGAGAAAGUAUCCAAAAACGGGAGGAGGACCCCAAGAGAAACUUAAGGACACCACUGAAAUGGUGAUGACUAUUUAUGGUGGACAGUCGCCUAUGUUCUGGGGGAUAAGCGGAGGACGGGAAAGUGGAGUGUGUGGCGUCAACAUCGACGUCACCGGCGGAGUUCCCUCAGCCACUGACAGCAGCACCCCGCCUUGUCAAGAGGAAGAGCCAGACAGUCAAGAGGAGAAUACAGUGACCCUGUCUUUGACUUGGGACCGAAGCGAGGCAGUGGAGGAGGAGCCGGGUGAGAGACGGGAGGGACGGGAGAUAAAGAGUCUGAGUCAGCGUCAGCGUCAGGAUCAGCAUCAGCUACAGCUGCUGGUCCCGUGGUUUGCACAUCAGUGUCGAGAGGAACAACUAUGUCAAUGGUGCUAG